CCAGCAGCAGCCCGCAGACAGAGCGGCCCAGCAGCAGCAGCAGCAGCAGCAGCAGCAGCAGCGCCAUGUCCGGGUGGAACGCCUACGUCGACAGCCUCAUGGCGGACGGGACCUGUCAGGACGCGGCCAUCGUAGGCUACAAGGACUCGCCCUCCGUGUGGGCCGCCGUCCCCGGGAAGACCUUCGUUAGCAUCACGCCAGCUGAGGUUGGUGUCCUGGUAGGCAAAGACCGAUCAAGUUUUUUUGUGAAUGGGCUGACACUUGGGGGCCAGAAAUGUUCUGUGAUCCGGGACUCACUGCUGCAGGACGGGGAAUUUACAAUGGAUCUUCGUACCAAGAGCACCGGAGGAGCCCCCACCUUCAAUGUCACUGUCACCAUGACUGCCAAGACGCUAGUCCUGCUGAUGGGCAAAGAAGGUGUCCACGGUGGUUUGAUCAACAAGAAAUGUUAUGAGAUGGCCUCUCACCUUCGGCGUUCCCAGUACUGACCUCGUCUGCCCCCUCCCCCACCGCUCUUCAGCUUUUGCACCCCUUCUUUCCACACACGCACCAUUAUUUUUUUGGGCCAUUACCCCAUUUCCCUUAUUGCUGCCAAAACCACAUGGGCUGGGGGCUGGGGCUGGAUGGACAGAUACCUCCCCCUACCCAUACCCCCUCCUGUGUGUGUUUGGGGAAAAUUUUUUUUUUUUUUUUUUG